AUGUCUGAUCAAAUUGCCAUGUCCAUUGAUCCAAAUGUCGAUCCUUAUGGAAGUUUGGGCAUUACUCGUAACACUGACGGCUCUAUCACACGUCCACAAAUUCCUCGUCCAUUUUUCAUCACUAUUUCUGAUAAUGAUUCCUCCGUCUUUAUGAAAGAUCUUAUUAUUAAUCCUGCUAAAGAUAUGUGGGCUCGUAUUGUCAUCCCUCGUGAAGUACUAAACUCGGAAAUUAAACUCCCUCUUGUAGUAUAUUUUCAUGGUGGAGGAUUCGUAAUGGCAGCUACGGUAGACACACCAAUCUUACAAAAGUUUUACGCAACACUCGCGAUUGAAAUUCCAGCGAUAAUUGUAUCGAUCGAUUAUCGAUACGCUCCCGAAAAUCGACUUCCAGCAGCGUACGAUGAUUGUGUGGAAUCGUUGUAUUGGAUCAAAAAUACCCCUAACGAGCUGUUGAAAAAACACGCUGAUUUGUCCAAAUGCUUUCUAUUGGGCACUAGUGCUGGUGGCAACAUAGCCUAUCACGUAGGACUACGUGUCGCUGAAGUUAGUGAAUGCCUUAAGCCUUUAGAAAUCAAAGGGUUGAUUUUACAUCAUGCUUUUUUUGGUGGGAAUGAAAGGACAAAAUCGGAAUUAAGAUUAGUUCGCGAUAAGAUAUUGCCCCUUAAUGUGUGCGACAUUAUGUGGGAGCUUGGGUUGCCUAUAGGCAGCGAUCGCGAUCAUCUGUAUUGUAAUCCAAUGGUAGAGAUUCGAUCAAAUGAAAACUUAUUUGAUCAAAUGAAAAUACAAGGUUGUAAGAUUCUGGUGAUUGACUGCGAUGGUGAUCCUUUGAUUGAUCGACAAAUUGAGGUUUCGAAGAUGUUGAAAGAAAAAGGGGUGCAAGUUGUGGAUUGUUUUAGUGAAGGAGGGUUUCAUGGCUGUGAGUUUUUUGAUGACAUGAAGUUAAAGGACAUGGCACUUGUUGUGAAGGAGUUUGUAAGAGCUUAA